UCUUCGCCUUGCCCACCGCGCUCGGCUGGCUGGCUGCUGUGACUGGCACCCUUGCCGCUCUGCCGCUCCCCCUCCCUCCCUCCCCGUAGCGGCGCCAAGAUGGCGGGAUCGGUGGCCGAGCGGGACGCCGCGGUGUCGAAACUUGAGGACGGGCACCUCAACAACUCCCUGGGAUCCCCUGUCCAAGCAGAAGUGUACUUCCCAAGGCUGACCGUCCCCUUCUGUGGGCAUAUCAAAGGUGGCAUGCGACCGGGCAAGAAGAUCCUGGUCAUGGGCAUCGUCGAUCUCAACCCUGAGAGUUUUGACAUCAGGCUCACCUGCGGAGAUGCGGAGGACCCUGCUGACAUCGCGAUUGAGCUGAAAGCCAUCUUCUCAGACAGACAGUUCCUCAGGAAUGCCUGUGUCUCCGGCGAAUGGGGAGAAGAACAGUCAUCUCUUCCAUACUUCCCUUUUAUCCCUGACCAGCCCUUUCGGGUUGAAAUACUUUGUGAGCAUCCUCGUUUUAGAAUAUUUGUGGAUGGACACCAGCUUUUUGAUUUUUACCAUCGCGUCGAGAAGUUGUCAGCUAUUGAUACGAUAAAGAUAAAUGGAGAUCUUCAACUUACUAAACUUGGUUGAACUCACUUUUUUAUUAGAGGAAAAAAAAACAGGAAAAAGAUACAAACCAAAAUUUUAGAUUCCGGAUUGGCUCAGGUGCCACCAGCAUCUAUUUGAAGGGACUGUGACAACUCACUGGAACACCUCCCUAAUACACAGGCAUCACAGUUUCGUUCCUAUAAGCAGUAAAGAACCUCCUAACGAAGUACUGUUGAUCCUGUUGAAGAAAGAUGGAUGAUGAAUAGAUACUGAGCCAUUCUCCUUCCUUUGGAACGAAAGAAAGAAAGAAAGAGAAAAAGAAAAGCCUACCCCUGCUGGAUAAUCAAGUUCUAAUAGAUCCUGAAAGAUUUACUUCACCAGAAACUGCAUAAGCUAUUUAUCUUCCCAAUGAAAGGGCAAUAUUUGAAACCAAGUGCUAAAUCUUUUCCUAAACAACAAGGAAAGGAUUUUGCUUUGGGGGAAAAACUUGCUCCUGCACUUAAGUGGAUUAUUGUGAGUGUAACACAGAUCACAAGAGUGGGCCAAAUGUUGAAGUCAUUAUUCGGUGCCGAAUGCUGGCCUCAAGUGAACCAGAGGCAAACGUCCUGAGUUUGGAUGGUGCAUGAAUUGUGAGCCACAAGGACUUGGUCCAGUAUAUUGCUCAGCACACAUGUCCCAUUGAAUCAUGGGGACUUCGGCGUGCUUAAUGGUGUCCUGGAUGGCUGCCAGUCACUAUUGUAUUUACCUUGGAGAGUUGGUUGCCAAAGAAAGAGUAGAAACUGGGUAAUGGCUUCUGGAUUUGGCUGCAUCCUUUAGUCAGGGUAUGUGCAUAGAAUGUAGGUCAUUAAAUGUUUUGCACAAUGUAAUAUUAAUACAGUUUUUAAAAGCCUUUUCUCUAGUUUAUUUAUUAAUACUCAUUGUGUUAGUGCGUUAAGAGUAAAAAAUGAAUAAUAUUCCUGAAAUUUAAGAGCAGGCAAGCGUAAACUUUCUGAAUGUACAGGUGUUAGUUGGGCAAAUGUUGACAUAUCAUGUUGGAAGUCUGUCCUGUUUGUCUUCGGGCAGUCGGUAGUAUUUUUAAGGGGCCCUCACAGUUCACAGAAGCAUGGUCAGCUCAUGUCUUCACCAGAACCUGCUUUCUGUAUGUAGUAACUGCUACCAGUGAUAGGUCACAAUUGAUGUUUGAGGAAACACCUUCCUUGGCAAUAGACGUCUGUAGGUUUAUUGGUGCACAUAUUCUACAAUCCUGUACCUGCUUGUGUGGUGCAAUAGGCUCCAUUGAACUUGGUGGGAUGUAUAUUUGCCUAGUCCUGUAUAGGAUUGCAUUGUUAGAGUUUGGGAAUAAAAUGGGAUGUUUGUAGGCUAUAUGCCCUUUGUGGCUACCAACUUGGUUGGAGGAGAAAACAAAAUUUCUGAGCUCUUCCAGUGCCAAAUAAAUAAUACACGGAGCUUUUAGAACUGGCCCAAUAAGUACUGUAGCAAGUGCAAACACUUUCACACAAAUAAUAGAUUUUAGUGGUACGCAUAAUUGCAUAAUCACUGUAAUUGUACUACACAGUGAAUGAAUGAACACAGUGACUUUUUUUAAAGGGACUUUGUGAAUCAGCUCAAUUUGUACCCCUUGGACAACGUUUCACAGUGGGCUGUAAAGGAUUUAUUUCGGUGUUAUAGUUUGAGGAAUAAACACGUAUUUGCAUUAUUUUUCAAAACUUGUACUAUAGUGAUUUUUAAAGUUAUUUGUUACAGAGAGUUUUUGUAGCAACAUUUUUUAAAGGACAAAAUUAAUGCUUGAAUCAUAAAGGAGGUUUGUUUCAAUCAGUCAAAUUUCCUCCAGUAAGAUUAGAUGCUUCAAAAAAAUAGUCCAAUUCUUUAUGCUCAAUUAGAUGAUCUAAGUUUUGUUGAUGGAAAUUCUGUUACUUUAGUAAAUAGUGGGGUGUCACUGUUUCUUGAAUACAGGAACUCUAAACCAGGGGUCAUUGUGUGGCCCUUAGAAGAUUUUCGUACUUGACCUGGGCGCAGCCAGUAUGAUUUGCCCUACCGUACUCUGCAGUGCCAUAUUUCAAGUUUUGCUCUUUCACAUCUCACAAACUUGGCUCAUCCUCACCCUGCCAACUUCAUCUCCUAGUUGGCGAUGUCGCCCAUCCUAUCUUGUGAUGCUAAGCAUCACAAAAUAAGUGCAGGAAUGAAACCGGAUGCUGGGGAAGAUGUUCCCUGCACUUGCUGUUUAAGGGGUAUAAAGAGGGAUACCAAAAGAAUCCCUCAGCCAUAGUUUACCACAUUAGAAUGAACCCAUUGGGCAACUCAAGUUGCUAUCGUAAGCCCUCCUACUGGGAAGUAAGUCUUUCUGAAAUUGCUUGAAAUCGUAUACGAUUAUGCCAUAAACUCGGAGUUCAAGCUGAAAAAAAGUAAACUCUAGGACUUAUAUGAUGAUAAUUAGGAUCAUGCUAUAGGAUUGCCAUACCGUGCACAUAUGCUUGGGCUCAAGUCCUAUUUCACGCAGUGGUAUGUACUUCCAUGUGACCUUGGACAGGCUCAGAAUAUUACAAGCUAAGUGUUUUUGGAAGUUGACCCUAGUGAAAUAAAUUGAGUGUACCACCUAAAUAA